AUGGUAGUGAUCAGCACACAGCUGUACAGGGCUACUCUGACGGAGCAACCCAAGAAGCAAAGGACCUGGCAUCCCAGUAUCAGAGACCCUCAGAGGAGGAAGUGGUUGCCUUACCCGACUCUCACUUCAGCCAAGGGGCAGCUGGAGACCAAAGCAGUGACCAGCUGGAUCAGGAAACUCCUGUUGGCAUAUCCAACCCAGUCACUCAUCAGUCCUGUCUCCCCCUGGUUCUCCACAACUCUCAUCAACCCUGUACCCCCCGGGAAGUCAAGAAACCUCCUCAACCGUGUCCCCCCCAGAGGCAUCCAGAACAUCCAACCCAAGACUUCUGCUCUCACCACGCACACCAUGGCCUUCAAAUUUCAGAGUAAACUGGGAGAAGAUGCCACAAGAGAUCCGACCAGGCCCUCCAUUCCAGGAGUGAGGGCGCAUGGAAGAGGUCCCGUGGAACAGUAUGGAUGUGUCCGCUGGUCACCUGAAGAACUUCCCUCUGGGGAGACAGAAGAAAGCUUACUAGAGAUGAAAAGAGAGAUGCAGCAGCUUUAUGCCCAGGUUGGAAUGGCAGGAGCAGAGAGAGGAGCACUCCAGAGAUGGCAUGAAAUGACCUACAUUCUCCAGCGGCAUGAGCUGAAUGCUGACCCUUCGUACAGCAUCUCCAAAAUCAAGGACGACUGGCCAUUUCUCUUCUCCCAAAAGGGCCUCUUCUCCCACUUCAGUGAGCUGACCGGCAUUUCCAUCCUGGAGAAGCUACCAGUAGCCAUCGACCAAAGAAGCCAGACCAUAAUGGACUACUGUCAGCAACAGAAGACACCAGGGGUGGGGAAGGUUUUGGAAGCCUAUCAAGAAGAGAAUGGCAACAAGGCAAUCUGUAUCAUCUUGUGUCUGCUUGCUCACUUCAAGGAGGAUGGUAUCUUCCUUACAGCUGAUCCCUCUGCCACAGCUGCUGACAUACAGAGAGCUAUCACCCUGCCCAGCCCUCGCUUACUUGCGCAAGGAGAGACAUUGAGCACAGACAUGUGGUUGAUGUCCAUGGAAGGAACAUGCGUGAUGGGGCCCCACAGCAACCUUCUGAACGGAGUGGCAGCGCUCUUCACUGCCUAUUACGUUUUCAACCUACAGUACCCUGCAGAGGCCUCAAGCACUCUUGAAUUUAUCCAGAGAGCCUUUUGUGGAAUCAAUCCUCUGACGGGCAGCAAGGCAGAGAAAAAACGUGGUCUCAAUGCACCUGUGUGCACGCUCUUAAGGAAACUGCUGGACUUCGAGUUGAUGGGGAAGUAUGUGUUUGUCAGGCUGCUGGGUGGGGUUGCAUCUAUUUUUGUUUAUUAGGAUUAAGUGGACCCAUGUUCUGAAUCUAUGUUGCUUUGAAAUGGUUAUGUUUUCACAGUGAAACCAGGCAAUAAGGCCUGUUGUGAAGGACUGAUGUAUUUUUUUGUACCAAGAACUAGCUGAGUUGUAGCCUAAUUUUUGGUUGUUGUUAU